AUGGCAGUGACACUUGUGAAACACCACAACACCCCUCCAUUCGCUGAUCACAAAGAUCUGCACAAUGUCAUAGAUGCAACACAGCUUGGUGAUGUCCCUUGGCAGUGUUUCUCUGCACAAUACACAGGAGAACGACCCGAGGUUGUCCCACCUUGGAUGGACGAAGAAUUUGAGGUCUGGUAUAGGGACCCUUGUGCAAUGGCGCACAAUAUACUUGCUAACCCUACCUACAAGGACGAAAUUGACUAUGUGCCAUUUUGUGAAUAUGAUGCAUCAGACGAGACGCGCCAAUGGAAAGACUUCAUGUCCGGAGACUGGGCAUGGCAACAGGCAGUACGUCCUCCAUCUCUUUCUGAUCCAGAAACACACAGAUCUGCUUUGAUCCCAAUCAUUCUCAGUAGUGACAAGACUACUUAUUACCCCCUCUAUGCCUCGAUCAGUAAUGUAUGCAACAACAUACGACGCACGCAUCAUGAUGCUCUUGUCAUCAUCGGUUUCCUCGCCAUACCCAAAACUGACAAGACGCAUUCGAAAGAUGACUUAUUUCGGAUAUUUUGCCGCCAGCUGUUCCACAGCUCAUUGUCUGCGAUUCUCUCCAGUCUAAAACCUGUUAUGACUGAGUAUGAGGUCAUGCACUGUGGAGAUGGACACUUUCAGCGCAUCAUAUAUAGUCUAGGACCAUACAUCGCAGAUUACAAAGAACAACUAGUGCUAUCCUGUAUUGUCAAACAUUGGUGCCUGAAAUGCAUUGCAGUUCACACAAACCUUGAUGGUGAUGCCACCUACCGCACCUGCAAGUUUACUGAUUUCUUAAUCAAUGAGCUACAUGCAGAUGUAUUGUGGGAUGAAUUUGGUCUCAUUGGUGAUCUCCCAUUCACUAAUGACUUCCCCCGAGCUGACAUUCAUGAGUUGCUGUCAUUUGACCUCCUCCACCAGCUAAUUAAAGGGGCUUUCAAAGACCAUCUCAUUGAUUGGGUAGCAAAGUACCUCAAGGCCAUGCACAGGACCAAAUGGUCAGAGGAGAUCAUGAGCAACAUAGAUCGCAGAGUUGCUGCUGUACCAUCAUUCUCUGGCUGCAAUUUUAAACAGUGGACUGGCAAUGAUUCCAAAGCACUCAUGAAAGUGUUUCUUCUGGCUAUCGAAGGUCAUGUACCUCAAGACAUGGUGCGCAUGUUUCGCGCAUUGUUAGAAUUCUGUUAUCUUGUCCAGCGCAAUCACUCAAUGGUUCAUUAUGUUGACAUGAUCAGACUCUUCGGUGCCCCUAACAGACUGUGCUCAUCGAUCACAGAAUCAAAGCACAUCAAGGCCGUAAAGGAGCCUUGGUGGUGGUCGAACAGGCACAAUGCUCUUGGGAUGCUCACUGGCACAAUUUUAUCAAAACGAAAAUGGGCACAGACAGUAGCAGCAUUGGCACAUAAAGUUGCUCUCAACCUGGAUGAUGCCCACAACCCCAAAGAUAUCCCAGCUGCUAGCUUGCCUCGACAUGAAGGCAAGCUUCAGGUCUUCAAUUCUGCUGCUGCAACGUGUUAUGCUCCCAGUGAUCUGAGUGGCAUUGAUGCUGAAGGGAUGCAAGGACUCGAAGUUGCGAGAGUCAUAUGCUUCUUUUCAUUCAAGCACAACUGGGAAUGGUUUGAGAAGAUUGGUGACUGCCCUGAUGAAGAUACUGGCAUGUGGAUGGUCGCUCCAAGUUUUCAUGAGGACAGCUUGAGGAACCUUGCUGUCAUUCACAUCGAGACGGUCUUCCGUGCAGCACACUUGAUAGCUAUCUACGGUUCAGAGUACAUUCCUCACUCCCUCAAGUUUUAUCAUUCUCUUGACACUUUUGGCUCAUUUUAUGUCAACAAAUAUGCUGACCACCACACAUUUGAGAUAGCGUCCUGA